AAAGGUGGUGAGCAAGCUUUCUGUGCACUCCACCAGCAGGGAGAAUAACACUUAUUUCAUGAAUUCCAACGCCCAGUGUGUUUUCUCAAACCAUAUGCAUUUCAUCAUUGAAAUGAUAUAAACAGGUCCGGGUGUCCUGAGACCUUUUCCUGACUUUUAGUCGCGUACAGGCCCAGUUUGGCCGGACAGACAUCAUGAAAACUGUAUCCCGACGAAUGUUCCGGACCUGCAACAAACUUUUCUCUAGAAAAACUCUAAAUGAUGUUGUGGAGGCCCAUCCAUCCAACAUAGAGACAGCAGCACAGAUGGACAACAUCCAACAUUUGACCAGUCCUUCCCAUAAUACCAGUGUUAGGGACAGCAUUCACCAUAUUGAGGAAGUGAUGGAGAGGGCCCACCAUGAUGGUGGAUGGCUCCUGUAUGGCAUUAUCUGCAUCAACAUCCUGAUCCUGGGCUGCGCUCUGGUCAGCGGAAGUGCCUUCAACAGUGUGGCCAUUACUGCUGUAGACAGGCAAAUCUUCCUCAUCAUUCUCCUACUCCUCACAAUAUCGUGGAUGCUGUUUUACACAGUCUUCACCUCACGAAAGGAUGAGGCUGUUUCGUUCAGAGAUGGCCAUGCGGGGCCUGCAUGGCUCCGAGCUGGACUUCUACUGUUUGGACUUCUCAGUCUCAUCAUGGACAUCUUCAAGAUUGCCAUCGCUGUGGGCUACCUUCACUGUGACUCUGCUGUUAAAGUUGCAUUUCCUGUCGUCCAAGCUGUGUUUCUAUUUGUCCAGACAUAUUUCCUGUGGAUUCAUGUGAAGGACUGUGUGCAGCAACACACACAUUUUACACGAUGUGGGCUUACUCUUACGCUUUCAACUAACCUGGUGGUAUGGAUGGCAGCCGUCACUGAGGAAUCUCUUCACCAGACUGACAUUCCUGAUCUACACUACAAUGUCUCACAAAGGAUGUCCAGAGCCAGCGUUGUCAAUAAGAAGUGUAAUUGCAGUUACUCGGCAUGCUACACCUUGAAAGAGGCCUCCUUCUACCUGUAUCCCUUCAACAUAGAAUACAGUCUCUUUGCUUCGGCUAUGGCCUACGUCAUGUGGAAAAACGUUGGUCGGCUUGUGGACAAUCACAGCCAUCACAAGGUCAAGUUCCGCAUAAAGGAUGUGUGUUUGGGACCUUUGACCGGCGUCCUCCUGGUGGUGGCAGGACUUGCAACAUUCAUAAUGUACGAGGUGGAAAUAGAAACAGGGGAUGUGACAAAAACAGACAAGGCUCUGCUGAUCCAUUUCAUCAUGAAUAUAGUGAUAGUGAGCAUGAUGUCCCUCUCCACUGUGAUUGGCUGCAUCAUCUACAGGUUGGACCACAGGGAGCACGUAUCUGAGAAGAAUCCAACCCGCAGCCUGGAUGUGGGGCUGCUGGUGGGAGCCUCACUGGGGCAGUUCAUCAUCAGCUAUUUCACUAUCGUGGCAGUGGUGGCGACAGAAGCCAGAGGAUAUCUGAACGCCCUCAACCUGACCUGGGCCUUGCUGACAGUGCUACAGCUCAGCCUGCAGAAUUACUUCAUCAUCAAAGGCCUCCAUCGGGAGCCCUUCCAUGUGAUGCAGGAAGCGGCUCUGCACACAAACCCUCAUGCUUUCCAAGAACAUCCAGAGAUUAUCAUUGUUCAGGAAAGCCAUAAGACCAGCUACUUCCUGACUUCAAGCUGUGAUAAGCCUAGUUGGAAGAGAAGAGUACUAAAGGAAGUCUGUGCCUUUCUACUGCUUGCCAACAUUAUUCUGUGGAUCAUGCCCGCCUUUGGUGCUCGUCCCCAGUUUGAUCAUCCCAUAGAGAUAAAAUUCUACAAAGUCUCAAUGUGGACGGCCAUUGUGAAUAUUGGACUUCCUUUUGGAAUCUUCUACCGUAUGCACUCUGUCGCCAGUCUCUUUGAGGUGUACAUAAUCUCGUAGAUGGACUUCUGUUUGGGAAUGCAGAGUAAUUUUAUAAACGUAAUGUCCAUUUUUAUUUAUCAAACGUAUACAUUGACCUUGUUAUAUUAAUAAAUAUUAUUCAAACAUAAAAUACAUGUCAUGUAUAACUUGUUG